AAAAAAGAAAAUCCAUAUCUGAUCACCGCCUGAUCUGCCAUGCCUACCAUUUCUCCGCUACUUCUUCUUUCAUUCCUUACUUAUCUUCCCAUUCUCACUGCCCAGCCUGACCUGAGAUAUGCCUCUUGUUUCAACGAUAGAGGUAACUAUACAAAUACGAGCACGUACCAAAGCAGCUUCAAUAUCCUUGUUUCAGAGCUCACUUCCAACACACAAAUUGACUAUGGCUUCUACAAUUUCUCCCACGGUCAAAGUCCAGACAGAGUUAGCUUAAUUGGGUUGUGUAGAGGAGAUGUUAAACCAAACGAAUGUCGUAGUUGCCUCAACAAUGCCUCAAUUCUCGUCCCAAAGUCGUGUCCGAAUCGGAAGGAGGCCAUGGGAGGCUAUGACGAAUGCUUUCUGCGAUACUCAAACCGUUCAAUAUUUGGGGUCAUGGAAACAGACGUUUCAAUCUACUUGUGGAAUCCGAAUAACGCAACAGACGUGGAAAAUUACAACAAAGUGGUCAGCGACUUGUUGGGUCGACUGAGAAUAAAAGCUGCGGCUGGAGAUUCACUUGGCAAGUAUGCAGCAGCAAAUGAAUCGGCGGGCAAUUUUCAAACCGCAUUUGGGGCAGUUCAGUGCACUCUUGACUUGUCUGAGCAAGAAUGCUCCGACUGCUUGACGGCGGCGAUCUCAGAAAUUCCAAAAUGUUGUUCCACAAAGACAGGUGGCAGGGUCAUCAAACCCAGCUGCAAUAUUAGGUAUGAGAACUACAGAUUCUUCGAACCUGUGGCCGAGGAUUCACCACCACCAUCGUCUCCUUUACUUCCUCCAACAGGGGAUGACAAAGCAUCAAGAACCAUCAUUGCUGUUGUUGUGCCGAUUGCUGCAAUAAUCAUACUGAUCAUCUCUAUCUUCAUUUAUUUUAGAAUGAGGAAACCCAGAGAGACCAUUCAUACUGAUGAUGAAGCUGAACUUGAGGAUGAAAUUAAACCAACAGACUCAUUGCAACUAGACUUCGAAACCAUCAGAAAUGCAACAGAUAAUUUUUCUGAAGGAAAUAAACUUGGACAAGGUGGAUUUGGACCAGUCUACAAGGGCAAGCUCUACAAUGGAGAAGAAAUUGCUGUCAAAAGGUUAUCCAAGAAUUCUGGACAAGGAGAUAUAGAAUUUAAGAAUGAAGUAAUGUUGGUGGCCAAGCUUCAGCAUCGCAAUUUAGUGAGACUCCUUGGCUUCUGCUUGGAAAGAAGAGAAAGGCUACUCGUUUAUGAGUUUCUUCCCAAUAAAAGCCUUGACUAUUUAUUAUUUGAUCCAAGUCAACGUGCUAAACUAGAUUGGGAGUUACGCUACAAGAUUAUAGUGGGCAUUGCUCGUGGUCUUCUUUAUCUUCAUGAGGAUUCUCGACUACGAAUUAUUCAUCGUGAUCUCAAAGCAAGUAAUAUUCUUUUAGAUGAAGAGUUGAAUCCCAAAAUAUCAGAUUUUGGUAUGGCAAUAUUGUUUGUUAUAGAUCAAACGCAAAGCAAUACUAGUAGAAUAGUUGGAACCUAUGGAUAUAUGGCUCCAGAGUAUUUAAUGCGUGGACAAUUCUCCAUAAAAUCGAUGUCUUUAGUUUCGGUGUCCUACUCUUAGAAGUUAUAAGUGGGAAGAAAAACAGCUCCACCUUUCAUGGAGAGAAUUCACAUGAUGAUCUGCUAAGCUUUGUAAGUCUAUGCCUUUUUCUAAUAUACAUAGAAGUUGCAUAACGAUUGUGAAAUAAUAGUGAAUACUAAGAUAUUGAGGAUGUUUUUUCAAGGCAUGGAAAGUUGGAGGGAAGGGGCUGCCUCAAAUGUAAUAGAUCCUAUGUUAAACAAUGGAUCAAGAAAUGAAAUGAUGAGAUGCAUCCACAUUGGGUUACUAUGUGUUCAGGAAAAUGCAGCUGAUAGGCCAACAAUGGCUUCAGUCUCACUUAUGCUAAGUAGCCACUCUCUCUCUCUGCCAUUACCAUCACAACCUCCAUUUUUAACAAAUAGCAGUAGCUUAUCAGAGAUGAACUCAAUGGAAUAUAGCUCAUCUAGGGUAACAACAUCAAGUGAAAGGAGAAGCAACUCUGUCGAAGGCUCAAAAAAUGAAGUCUCAAUUAGUGAGCUAUAUCCUCGUUAAUAAAUCCAACCUUACAGGUGAUAUUCAAUGCUUUGAUUCUAAUUUGCAGGUUACUGUCCCUUCCAAAGAAAAUUGAAAGCCUGUUGUUCAUCCGAAAAUAAAUGGACUCUCUAGCUAUUGAUGUACAAUUUUUUUCACAUAAAAUUUUGAAAUGUUUAAACUCAAUUCAUAAUAUUUUAAAGGUUCAAUUGUGCAAAGUUUCUAUCAGCGUUUCUACAAUUUCCAAGCUACUGAUGUAUCCAUCUUGGCCAAUUAAUCUCUAAAGAAAAAAAUGCAAAAAUAAAAAAAAUAUUCAUGAGAAAUAUACAUAUCUCAUAUUCAAAUAUCUUUUUUUUUUAUUUUUACUAGUAAUAUUAUAUACACCCAUUUUUAAGAAUAUAAAUGUAAUGAUACUAGGUAUAUCAAAAAAUUAGUGUGAAGGAUAUAGGAGUAGAGGUGUGAAGAAUUUUGAGAAGUCCUCCAACCUAAACGCUUGUCUUCUCGUCUCUGUCUCAUAGAAUUUUAAAAAACUAAAACCCUACUACUACAAUUAUAGAAUUUUAAUACUUUCUCAACUAAAAGAUGUAAUGUAUUUUUAAUCAAAUCUCAUCCUUAAUAAAGUAAUAAUUUAUCUUCCAACUAACAUUAUCUUUUUAUAUUUACUCUUAUUUAAUAGGAUAUUUCACUCUAAAAUAAAUAUAAAAUGCUUUAUUCAUAAGAUCACUUUUGGAAAAAAGCAACAAUUAUACAUUGAAACGCUAAAAAUAUUUUAUAUUUUUUAACAUCCAACCUCCUAAAAAAUAUUUUAAUUUUUUUAAUGGAGGGAGUAUAUUAAAAUAUCUUUUAUUAUAUAAAUAAAUACACACACAUAUAUAUACAUACUCCCUCUGAUCUGCAUUAUAAGACCAUUUCUAGAAGAUAUAUCUAGUCCCCAUUAUAAGUAACUGACAGCUAAAGACUUCCCAUUUUAAAGUGAAAUUUUGAAAAUACCCCUGACUACUUUACUCAUCUUUGUUCGGCUGACCUGACAUUUUACUGGCGUCCUCUCUCUUACUCUGUCUUUGUCCUUUUCUCUCACCAUCUUUGCUCGGUUUUGUCGAUUGCCUCUUCCAUCGUCGCCACCGAGCUCAUUGUUCCUCUAUUGCAAUUCCUCUUCUGUUGUUAUUCGCACAAGUGUCGCCGAUCAUUUUGUGGUGUGCAAUAUCUCUGGAUCUUACCAUUCAAGUCUGAUGGAGGAGCGUUUUGAGGGUAUGUCAUGGGAUCAACUAAUGGCAUGUGUAGUGGACAAUUCUCUUACCGGGGAAGAAGAUUCACGGCCGCUCGAGUUCUCUGGAGAGGUAAACUCUCUGAAUCAAAAGAUUUUGAGGGCUUCUUAUCCGAAUGGUUCUUCCUUCAUGUCUUCUAACUUCGCUGAGGUUGUGUGUGCGAAUAAAGCUCACUCGUUUGAUUUAAACGAAGAGGCAGUCGAGGAUGGUGAAAAAGUGAGUGAUGACGAUACAGUGCUGGAGUUCACAAAAGUAAGUGAAAAGAAGAAGAUAGUCCACCCUUUCGACUUGAACAAGUUUCCAUUUCCUAAGGAAGACUAUGCACAUCUGACUGAGGAAGAGAAGGACCGUAAGCGAUUUGUGUAUGACACUUUACAUUAUAUGCUCUGAUUUGUCUCAAAUUUCUAUACCUUUUGUAUAAUUUAGGUUAAUCUAGAAUUUAAGCUUAUGCUAAUUAAGAAGUAGGUCUGGGAUGCUCACGGUCUGUUAGUCUGAUGGAUGAUGAUAUUAUAUUGUGUUAAUCCUGUUGUGCUAAUUAUAUUUUGAAGGAUAUCAAAUGUGCAUGCUGUUAUGAUCCUUCUUGUAGUAAUAUUCUGUUCGUACCCUGUUAUGAUUCAACUGAUAUUAAACAUGAGAUUUCUGUGAACCACCUAAGCCCCUGG